GGUUAUUAUUAAUUCCCAUAAUUUUUUUUCUCGUGUGUUUUUGAUAAGGAAUUAAUAAUAAGGAUAAUUCUCCCACCAUAUACAAUGCAUAUUUAUUUACAUAUAAAAAAUUGAGAAUAUAUGGCGAGUCUACUAGGGAAGCUAAAAUUCUAAACCAAACGAAAAAUCAGUUGGCGUUGUGUGUGACAGUGUUUUUGAGCGAUAGGGGUUCGAGGUAGCAUUUUAGAAGAAACAAGAAAUAAAAACUGAAUUUAUAUUCUUGACAAAGCAAAUUUGAUAUUAAAAUUUGCCGUUUUAUUCUAAAUUAACGGGAAUAUUAGGAAAAAAGUGAUAUCAAAAUGACCACGGUUAAUAUCAAUACACGUAAAAGUCCCAAUGUUCUGAAAAAACAGGGCACAGACCAAUGGGUAAAACUAAAUGUGGGUGGUCAAUAUUUUCUCACAACAAAAACAACACUCUCCCGUGAUCCAAAUUCAUUCUUUUCACGAUUAAUCCAGGAGGACUGUGAUUUAAUAUCAGAUCGGGACGAAACUGGUGCCUAUUUAAUAGACAGAGAUCCAAAAUAUUUUGCACCGGUUCUUAAUUACUUGCGCCAUGGUAAAUUGGUUCUGGAUGGCGUUUCUGAGGAGGGAGUACUGGAAGAGGCUGAAUUUUAUAAUGUAACACAGCUGAUAGCAUUGCUCAAGGAAUGCAUUCACCACAGAGAUCAAAGACCCCAGUCAGAUAAAAAACGCGUGUAUCGUGUACUGCAGUGCCGUGAACAAGAAUUGACACAGAUGAUCUCAACACUUUCUGAUGGCUGGCGAUUUGAGCAACUAAUCAGUGUUGGCACACAGUAUCAAUUAAAUUAUGGUGCAUUUGAUAAUAAUGAAUUCCUUUGUGUUGUUUCCAAGGAGUGCGGCACGACACUUGGGAGAGAACUGGAAUUAAACGACAGAGCAAAAGUACUGCAGCAAAAGGGCUCCCGCAUACUUGGAAUUUAAAACCAAAAAGAAAAACUGAAUCAAAAAUCUACGCGUUUGUAGAAGCAACACAUACACACACCAUACACAAACACCCACAUAUGUAUUACUAUGUUGACUAUCACCAUGCCAGAUCCCGCCACCAAGUUUCCUUAUCCACACACCAGAACGAACACCACUCCUCAAAAAGAGCCUGCCCUCUCUCCAAUUUCGUUUUGUACUACAUUCAACAACAAAAUUAUGACACUAGCAACUAGUAACUUCAAUGAAAGAAAAAAAAAACAAAAACGCAACAAAUAUUGCUACGAUUUCACCCUACCCAACAACAAUAACAAGAGAAGAAAUAAACACCAAAAUGUUAUGGAAACACGCCACAUUAUAAACAAAUUAUUUUUACUUAUAUUCGUUGCAGUAAAACUAGUACUGUCAAAAUCCGUUUACAAUUAACACUGAGUAAAAAAAUCUUUUAUUAUGUAUGUCGAUUUAAAACAAAAAAAAAAAAACGCCCCACUCUUAUGACAGAAUAUCUACAUGGUGGUGUGAUCAGUUUGAAAGGGAAAAAUCGUUAUUUCACAUUUUCAUUGAAACCUACAAAAAUAAAGACACACAAAAAUGCAUACACAAAAUUAAGACUUACCUUACUUAUACUACUACUACUACCACAUACAAAAAAAAAUUAAACAAAAUAGCAACAAAAAGAUGAAAAAUCCAUAAGUGUUUUCGCCGAUGAAAAAAAAAACAAAGGAUUUAAAUAAGAGAAAAUGAAGCAUAAUAAAAUAAAGUAAAAAUGUAAUAAAAAUUGUCCUAGGAUAAUUGCUAUACUCACCACUUUGGCCGUUAAUAAUUGCGGAUAUUUUGAAAUUUAUAUUAUUUACCAUUUGUUUAUUUAUAUAUAAUGUUAAACACCAACAAGCAUCCUCCCCCCCACUUAGAUACCAACCAACAACAACAAUAACUUCUUUACUAAUUUGUAUUAACAAAAAACAUAUACAUACAUACAUAUAUUGAAGAAUUUAUUAAAAUAUUUUUUUUAUUCUCUUUUUACACAACUAAUGUCAUUAUAAAGAUAUAAAAAACUUUCAAUAAAUGGAUGAAAACAUAUUGUGUGCAAAUGCAAA